AUGCUGAGCGAUGUGGAGGAGAGAAUUACUACGGUCGAAAUCGAUCCACUUACAAAGCAAGAAACUCCAAGAAAUGGGAGUAAGUUGUCAAAUCGCCAAUAAAGCGAGUAAAAUAAGUAAUCAGAGAAAAACAAUGACUUAAAAAAGUCUUUUGAUUGCAUAAAAAAGAAAGGGAUUAAGUUCAAAACUCCAAAUGCUUUCUUAAUGUUUCAGAUUUUCUUUUCAUAAGUUCUUGCAAAAUAAGUUUCUGCUGCUGGAACUCAAAAUAACAGUAUGAUAAUUGAAAAUUUGAAUCCUUAUAAAGGUCAGACAAAGAAGUCUCCAUCAAGUCAUCAUAAAUCUCACAAAAGCUUGAUCUAGAUUCUUAAUGGAAAUCAUAACCAAGAAUCUACAGCAUAUGAGACUGAAAGAAAUUUAAUACUAAACUAGCAAAAGGAUAAGACUGAUAAUGGUAGCAAACUGAUUAACAACUUUGAGGGAUAAAUUGAUCUGGAUAAAUUUAAUUUUCAAGUCAUGUUUCAAGUUAUGUUUGCCAUAAAUAUUCUUGCUCAAAUAAAAUAAAACAUUACUUUUGGACUUGAAGAGUAAGAUGUAAAUACUUAUGAAAAAAUUUGCUCAAGUUAUUAAAGAAAAGUGCUAGGGAUGAAUUUCGAUCAAAUCAAGCAACUAUUUUUCUAAAUUAUUGAUCACGGUGAGCUUUAAUGCCAAUAAUUGUCUCCUGAAACCCUAAGAUUGAUUGAAGAUGCCAUUAAAAAAAUAAAUAUCAUAACUGGCUAAUUAAGUGAAGAAGAGCUAGAAUAAUAAAAUGUAUCUUAAAACCUAUUUGAUGAUGAACUUGGUCUUCUUGGAAUAUCUCUAAUAACUAAUGAGAAUGGAAAUUCAAAGAUAAUUGUAGAGGAAUGUGAGGAGAUUAUUGGAAGUAAUGAGAGUAUAGAUGAAGAUUUUAGAGAUGAAGAUGAAAUGAGAGAUGAGUAUGAUGACAAUCAAAUCAUUAUGAAGUCUGUUAAUAAGGGUAGAAGGACAGGAUAUAGAAUGGCCAAAAAUAAUACCUCUCAAAAUGUUAAUGUAGUUGGGCGUAAUCAUGGAUAAGAAAGGAAAAGUCUCUCCCAACACAAGACUCAGACUCUACCAGACCUUGUUAACUAUGCGAUUGAGAAAAAAUCUAAUGAUAUCCCUCAAAACUUUAUUGAAAAUAAUUUGAAUCUGUCAAAGUAAUCUGUCCAGUUAAUGGGUGGUAGAAGAAGGCUUACAAAGAUAAUUGCUUAGAAUAUUUUGGAUAAAAUUGGAAAGCUUAAGCUGAAAAUGAAUUCAAAUUCUGAGGGAUAUCAGAGUGAAAACGCCAGUACUUUUAAGAAAUCUCUGACAAGGGGCUCUAAUAAUGCUUCUCAUUUUUAGAAAGAACUUAUGUUAAAUCCAGAUCAUUCAAAGAAAUAUACCAGAUCGCCUAUAAUUAGAAAUAAAGAAAGUGAAAUACUUAUUUUGCCUGGGAAAAAACUAUCACAAAAUAACAAUAGCGUAACAGAAGAUAAGUUGGGUUCAAUAUAUUCCUCUGAUAAAUAUCUUGAUAAGCGUCCAGUAAAGUUCUAAGCAGCUAAUAGUCUUAACACUAAUAAAUAGCCUUAAAUGACGCAUAUCACACAUAAAAGUAGCGUGUCAAAUUUCUCAUAUAUUUAAGACUUGGAUGAUUACACGAGAUCUAAUAAGAGCAAUCGAAACCAUCAUCAACCACAAUAAUAGAAAUUGCAGCAUUCUACUUUUUAGUAGAAGGCAAAUCAAUUUAAAAAUGUGAUGAGCUUUACAAAGAUGGUUAUGGACUAAAGAAAUGACAAUUAAUAAUAAAAAUCAAGUAAUCCUGAGACACGUGCACCAGGUACCUAGCAGAGUAGCGUAGAUCUUAGAAAAUCAAAUUAGAAAAUGAGGCCAAGCCAGCAUCACAGUCAAGUCUUUAUUAAUAAUGCAUAUUUAAGAUUAAACCCUGCAACUAACAUGAUCUAAAGUAAGGCCCCUACUAGGAAUGGCUACGGUACAAAUACAAAUCUAACAUAUAAAUAACUUUAAGCAGGAUCCAAAUCAUAAUAUAGAGUUACAGACCCUUCCGGUUCUCCUCACAGAAAUAAUAGCCAUAUCCUUACAAAAGAAGAAGGAUUUGUUCAUAUGAGAUAAAAAGUUCAGUAGAAGCGGAGAGAAGAAGAAUUAUUUUAGGAUAUUAACCAAUUUCAGUACAAAAUCAACUACAAUCCUACCUUUCAUUGA